AUGGUUUCAGAUUGGUGGCUUGACGGCUGGAGACUCUCUCAUGAUCACAACCCCUGCCAAGCUCUUUACAGAGAGACAGAAAACAAAUCUCUCUAUUCAAGUAUGAAUGUUGGCCAAGAACUAUACUCUGGAGAUGUCAGUGUUGAUCAUAUUAAAAAUCAUAAUGCUGUUGAGCAAGAUUGGUUUCAUCAACUUCGACAACCGAUCGCAACCCUCUUACGCCAGAGGCUACAAACCUUCACCAACACGGUUCAAUAUGUAACGCCUAUGAACUACUGGAAACGUCAUGACGAAGACAUGGGUUCUUCAGAUGGGCCAGUGGUGUCAACAUACCUCCUCAACUUGGGCAAUGAAGGUGGUUGUAGAGAAGACGAAAAGUUCGUCUUUGUUUCACCACCAAAAACGCAUUUUCACUAUGCUUGCCCAUUUGGAGCCUUGUAUCCUAAGCGAUACCACGAAUGUCUCUUACAGCAUACUUUACUAACAAUGGAUGAUGUUGUUAAUCACAUUGAGCGCUAUCACGCUGAGCCAUUAUACUGCCCAAGAUGCUCACAAGUCUUUGACACACUGAUUCACCGAGAUCGACAUAUUAUCAAGAGGUCAUGCGAGCUUCAAGAUCUUCAAGUACCCAGGAGGAUUAACGCACAACAAGAAGCUGCGCUGAAGAGGGUGAUGAAGAUGGACAUCAACGAUGAAGAACGAUGGAACUGCAUUUUUACCACAAUCUUCCCUAGCGUAAAGCCACCAUCGUCUCCAUACUUGGACCAAGGCAGCCGAUUAGCGAUUGCUGUCGUCAAGGAUUAUUUUAUGGUGGAUGGGAGACGGUGCUUGUUCGAGUUCUUGCGGACUCAGGGACUAGACAAGACUGUGACAGGGGAUCCAUGUGCGGAAGCUGCGUUAUGCCAACUAGCUUUUGACGAUCUUCUUGGCGACGUGGUGGAAAGAUACGAAGAAAUGGAAGAUAAGCGAGCAACUUAUUGGAGGGAUGAGGGAUGGAUAAGAACAGAUAUCGCCUAA